AUGUUGCUGUGUUGUGUUCAGAAAAGAAAGAGACCCGCUACGCGUCUGUUGUGCACGGUCCGUCGUCGUCGUCGUCGUCGAAAGUAAAAUUUUCACAUCUCUCCGGUUUUCCGAGAACACACACGCGGAAUCACCGUGGGUUGGGUGAACAGUGCGAUACAAGGGUGGAAUGCACCGAGCAUAGAAUAUAUUGACCGCAUCCCGUACAGUGAGGAGCAGCAUUAGUGUUUGGAGCCAGUAAUUAGCACGGUUUAGCUGGGUUUUUUUUUAGUGCAGCUGCGUAUCUAACACCGAAAACGAGUUGAAGCAGACGUCGAACGGUGCAAAAGCCAAAGGGGGAACAACAAAGAACGGUCCAAAGGCAACGGGUGAAGAGGUGCGUGUACGCGGAGACGGCACGCGGUGCAUUUGAUGUUUUUCGUCGCUUGCUUUGUUAUACGUGCGUUUUUUUUUUGUGGUUGGCGUGUUGUGUGUGUGAUUAAUUCCGAAAGUGUGUAGACGGGAGGAAGCCGUCUUCUUGGUGUGUGCUACACACCCUUUUCCUGUCCUCAACGUCGCCACUUCCCGACGCCGUCGCUUCCCCACCGCGUCUUGGUCGGUUGCAAAUCGGUCCGAUUUUUUAAAGGUGAAGUGUUUGAUGGAAGAAUAGCGAGCGCUGUCUGGCGAAGUGUGUGCAUAGUGCGAACAGCGCGAUUAACAACAACAGCAGCAGCAACAACAAAAACCCGCACACACAAACACAACGGCAAACUGCUCCACCGUCUCUAAACAGGCCCUCGGUGGGACCUUUACAAUUUAGGCAAUCUGCAAACAACACGUGCAAAAGAGUGAACGAAAGAGAAAAGACCAGCAGUGCACCAAACGGUUGUGUGUGAGUAGGUUAGCUGCGAAAACAAGAAGAAGAGUUGGUUUGUCCGUUGUGUCUGUCUCCUGUGUUUAGCAGCGCGGCCAUUUUUGGUGCCACCUCCCCCCCCCCCCCCCUGUGUGUGUAUGCUCGCUGCCGAAAGUGUGUAUUUCCGAGAAUUUCCGUACCGCUCUGGCCCACUGAAGUUCCGUCCUGUGUUUAGAUAUCGGAAUACCCGUCGCGGGUGUUGAUUGUGUUAGUACGGAGGGAAGGUGCGUGUGUGUGUUUUUUUUUAUUCGCACGCGCGUUCGUGUGUGUUUUUCUGUGUGCGUGUGUGUAUAUACACCGACUAGACGGCGGCUGCCCCACAAGAAGCGUCAGCCCGUCAGUGUGUGCCUGAUCUCGGUGUGAUUUCGCUGCAACAGGCCUCGCGUGUGCGUGUGUGCGCGAAUUUCCAUCUGGCGGUUGAAAUAAACAAGCCGCCAAACGUACAAGUGUGCACUGGGAGAUAUAUUGCUUCAGGUUCGAGGAAAAACAAUCAAUUUGGCUGUGCCGCGAGUAGUAAAGCGUUUCCCUUUUUUUGUGAACGCGGACCGCUCAACCGGAAGUGGAAGUGAAUCCUCGCACCUUAUCUGACACCGGAAUACGUUGGCCAUUGUCGGACGACAUCCACCAGCAACAGCAGCAGCAUCAACAGCGCAGUAACAAUGCCACUUUCUAUGGCUAAAGCAUUGGCAACCGGUGGUGAAGACUCCGAUAAAGAUCGCUUGCUAGACUCGUUAUCCCCGUUGGAAUCCCGGAGCGAAUCACCACCGAUGUCACCGGCGGCGACACCACCAACGCAAACCACCGGCAUUCCGCUAGCUGUUGCCAACUUCUCCGUGAUAAACUAUGUGGGUAAAAUUCAAAAGCAAUCAUCAUACAAAUCAUCCGUUCGUUGCCGAACGCCGUACGACAGGUGCAGUAGCCUGAGGUCGUCGGUAGUAACGCCGCCCAUCGUAAGUCGCAUCGUGGAACACCAGAUGGACGACACAACCAACUCUUCGACCUUCUCCUCGAUGGAGUUCGGUUGCAACAGUAGCAGCAGUAUCAGCAACAACAGUACCGGCAUUGGCUGUGAAACCAGUCCCGAGACCAGCGAUCAUCAGGACAGCAUCGAUACGGAGGACGGAAGCAUAUCCGGGCCGCGGUUACGCAGCCGCCGUUCGAUGAGCGUUUCCUCCAGCGGUUGUUCCAGCUCGAUGGAUGACAGAAACUUUGAUUUCUCACCACUGGGAAGCAUCAUCAGCUGUCGGUGUAACUCGUACAGCAUGUCCGACUUUGAUGAUGAUGGAUUCCGCGAGGAUAGCAGCGUGUCGUCCGCGUACGCCGUACUGUCCGGAUCGCGAUCCUAUCAGCCGCACCACCCGCUGCAUCACCACCACCAGAACGUACCUCACCACCCGAACAAUCACAAAGGACUAUUCGAUAUAGCGCUGAAAACGGUGAAACUGAUCCGGCGCAACCAGGAGCUGCAGCUCCGGCUGGCCCAGCUGCAGGAGGAAACAAACGCCUUCAUUGAUUCGGUCAUGGCGAACCCGGAAAAUGAAUCGCUCCGUUCGCAUUUCUACAGCACACAGAACAAACGUUUACCGACGGUACCGGUGACGGUGCAAAAGUGAACCGCCACCACCACCACCCCUACCUUCUCCAUCGGUUCCGGUACCGCGGAUCGACCGGUUCCGGAGUAGUUUCGCACGGAAUUAAAAGCGCCACAAGCUGAACCGUUAGUUGGCUGUUGAACAACUUAUAGUUUGUUAGGUUUUUGUUGGCCACACACACCCUCAACACGGUUUAAAUAUUAAGAUAAAUUAGAUUAGCUUUUUUUUAUUUCACAAUUCUCCCCCAACGUAAGAGAGAGGGACGAUUUUUUUUUAAUUUACUGCGAACAAAAACAAGCAGCCACUAACCUUUUCAUUAAUUUGUCAUCAUUGUAGUGUGUAGCAAACCACACUUAUCUAUAUGUGAACGCUAUUUAAUCGGGCGAAAGUCUUGUUGGUGAACGAGUGCACGAACGAGAAACGGACUGUAGAACUGACACAAAGUGAAGGCUGAGACAAUUCGCGAAGCCCGAUUUAUCACUGUAACAUAGUGCUAUGCCACUAUUUCAAUAAGCAAUCAAUUUAUCGUGAGACGUAAGCAUACUGUACUGGAAGAAGCUAUUGCUGAAUUUGUACGCAAACCCCUAUAUUAGAUGGAGUGGGCUUGUAUUGCUGCCAUUUGAGUUGUCCGCUGUUAGCGUUGCUUUGUGUUUUAGAAUUCGAUAGAAUCGAUGUGAAGUGAUAGGAAAAGUAAAACCAAUCUUCUCAGUGAGAUAGAAUGUGUAACACAAUCAAGGAAUUGCUACCUAAUUCCCCGUUCCAAAUUCUCAGUGAUUAGAACAGAACAUAUUUCGUUGCUGAUGAUAUUUAAUGAAUGUGAUUAUGAGUUUGAACUUUUCCUUUUUCCUUUUAGCUGUAGCAGUUGUUAGAAUUUGCGCACAUUUUUUCCCCCCCAGAAUCCGCUGCCACUUAAGUUUUUUUUUAUAUCAUAUUUUCAAUUUAAAUUAUAAAUUUUUCCCUAACGAAAUAGCGGACAAUGCAGUAGUAAGAGAUAGAGCGAUAGAUACACACAUUAAGCCUGAAACAUUAUGGACAUUUACGUAAAGCAAAUAAUAUUCUUAACAUGCAUGAGAGAGCGCGCGCGCGGUAACAAUUUAGGAUCGUAAUGAUCGGUACGUUAGACUGCUGUUAGAGCGUGCUGCGUGUGCGCUAUUAUUGGCCAGACAAAUCUCAAUCAUAUUUAUGAACGAUUAGGCAGCAAAAAAAAAAAAAAAACCCCGACGAUGAUCACAACAAUGUGUGUACGCAUUUCCAGUAUGCGAAAGCGCGGUUGAAUGAAAUUCAGCCCACAAAAUUGAAGAACGAAAUCGCAUUCGCUCGUACGAGCAGUUUGAGAGGAAAAGGGCGUGAGCAAACGUGAAGCAAACUCCAAGUGGUAUUUAUAUUUAACUAUUUAAAGUAAGUAAGGAAUGCAGAAAUAGAUGAAAAUCAAGUUUUUUUUUUCACUCUCCAACGACAGGCCAUGUUUUGGGGAGUAAGAGAAAAGAGUAAA